UUCGUUCAUGUAGUGGAGAAAAACAUGUAAUUUAUUAAUUUGGAUUAAUUAGGAAGUUAAAAUGGCCUUUUGAAUACCCAAAACCUGUGAAUAUGCAUAAAAAUCUAUUAUAAUUUUGAAUUUGGAUGGAAUUAAAUUAAGCGAAAUGGGUGUUAAUGAUUUACAAACUUUUUUGGAGAGUUCCAGCCUUGACAGGGGAGCAGUUUCAGUGGAUCUCCUGAAAAUCGCCAGAAAUGUUACGCAAAGACAACAACCACAUAACACUAACCGUAAAAUCAGGCCUAUUGGCAACAAACUUAAACUUAUUGUUGAUGCUGAAAAUUGUUUAGAUCGUCUAUAUGGAGGAUACUUUUCUGAUUGGGCUUGUGGUGGUCAAUGGAACCGCAUGGUGCAAUUCCUCUCUUUACUCACCCGUGCCAUAGAAAGAGGUAACAUAGAGUUGGCUGUUGUUUUUAAUGGUACCAUUGAGCAAUGCCGAAUGGAAGAGUGGGUGGCCGAACAGGCCAACAUCAGGCAAAAAGUUGGCAUGGUUUUGAAGCAUAUUAACACCAAAGCCACUCCUCCACCUAAAAUAUGGUGGACGGCUCCAACAUGUCUCAGGUCAGCUUUGAGAAUGGCUUUAAGGCAUUUAGGAGUUACUGUGAUGUGCACUAUGGACGACCACCACCAGGAAGUGAUCGCCUACUGCCGAGAGUACGGUUUUCACGGUCUUUUGGCCGACGAUGCUGAGUACGCGGCCUUCGACCCGCCCCGAUAUUUUUCCUCGGAAAAUCUCAAGCUCACCUACAAGGGAUCCAUCGAAACCAAAGAGUACAUGAUCAGCGAGCUGACCAAAUCCCUCAAGAUCAAUCAGGAACAAGUGUGCGUCAUGUCCGCCCUGUUGGGCAACUUUUUGCUGCCCGAAACCGAACUGCAAGACCUGUACAAGAAGCUUAACGUUGCAGUCGCCACUCCAGAAAAUGGUCCAGAGGGUAGCAUAAAAUCUCUGGCUGAGUUUGUGCGCACUUUGCCUCCGCCCAGCGACAUGGACGCGCUAGUGUCGGCCGUUUUCGACACUUUAAGCGACAAACGCGCCUCGAAAUUCCGACAAUCGGUUCAGUACUAUCUGAACGGCACUGCCAGCGGGUUCCUCAAGUACUGCGCGCCCGCGGUCAACCCGAAAGACAAAAACAAAACGACAAAAGUGGCGGCGGCGGCGGAACAAACCGAAAAAGUCGCGUCGCCCGUCGCAAACAAUUGCAACAACACGAGUAUAAAGGCUGACGAUCACGAUCUCGACACUUCCGGGUUCGCUUCGGAAACUACAGAACAAGAGCAAGAAAGUCUUCAGAACUACAAAAACGUAACGGCUAUUUCAGUAUUAUCCGAUUUUGAUGGGCUCGAGGGAAACUCCCUAAAAAAUUCACACAACGGGGAUUCUUCUAAUUUUUCAUCUGAAACGUCUCGAUUUAACGGAGUCUCGAAUGGUUCCCUAUCGGUACCUCAGAGUACCGCGGGCAGCUCUAAAAACCAAAUUAGCUCGAAUAGUUCCGAUAGUAGUUCGCAAUCUUCUCCGAAAGCAGCACUUUCUUCAUCACGUUCCAACGCGAGUUCGAACCUCGUCACGCCGUCCGUGUCGCCGGACGUCUUGCGGACGGCGUCCCUGCGUCACCAGAAGGGCCUGAUGGCGCCCAUGAUCCUGCACGUUCUGAGCAUCCAGGAGGUGCGCCUUCCCUGUCUCAUGGAGGACGAGGCGAACCGCGAGCUGCCGCCCAUACACGAGGUCUAUCAAAUGCUGCGGCAGCACGUCUACGCCGUUUUGUUCAACUUGCACCAUCUGCGAUACGUGCACAGCAAGAAAAAAGAAAACAAUGAUCUACCGGAAAACUGCCCGCAACCCGACAUCAUAGUGAAAGAGUGGGUGUACACGCGCGCCAACCCGUUCCAAAAACCCGUCGAAAUAAAGGCGGAGCCCCUGCCGUGGGCGGUGCCCACCCUGCAACGCCUCUGGUUCGGGCCGUCGGUCGACGACAAACGUCGCAGGAUGCGCGCCCUGCUGUCCUGCCUGAAUUCCGACACGCCGUUGAUCCUGAACACGGACCACGUGCCUCACCACAUGCUCAUGAUGGCCUGCGUCCUGAGGUACGUCAUGUCGCAGGAUCGAGCUAUUCUGAGAAGAAACGAACUGGACGCCUUCCUGUGUCACGCCUUCAACCCCAACCUGAUGAACCCCCAGUAUCUGCAAGAGUUGACGCUGACCAUGGUGACGAGCAGAGGCGUGCAGUUGGCAGCCCUGUUCAUGGAAGGCGUCGACAUGGCCCUCCUGGCCAACGACGCUUGCGGCGCGCCGCUGCCCUGGCUGAUGUGCUGCCCCUGGCUCUACUUCGACGGCAAGCUCUUCCACUACACCCUGAACAGGUCCACGCAGGCGAAAAACAUUCUGGAGCUGUGCGAGAACUACAUCGACCGAGUCGUGAAGGUCGAGCGCAUGCGCAAGGCCAUUCUCGAGGGUUUGGAGGUUAAGUUUGCCAAGGUUCCCAUGGCUGCGUUCCCUGGAGGAAUGCUAAGGCAAGGCUUGCCGCCCCCGCACUGCCUGCCAUCCGUGCCGUUACCGUCGAGCAGAGGCGCCGCCGCCCUGCGCCAGCGCCCCAUCCCCGCCCGCGGCGGCCAACUUCAGGUGGCGGGCGUGGUGGUGGGCUCGUGGGGCGCGAACUACGGCUACCGCCAGCAGCAGCAGCAGCAUCAACACCACCCCCACCACCACCAUCCGCACCAAGGCAUGGUGCCGGCCGGCUACAAUCCCACCGUGGGGAGAGGCGGCAGAGGUGCGCCCCAGGCGGGCGGCGCCUUCGGUCGCUACGAUAACGGCGGCGGACGAGGCGGCAGAGGAGGGGGAAGGGGGAAACCUGGCGGCGGCGGACCGCCCACCUUCAACGUGGCCAACAGGAAGAAUACGGCAAACAAAAAACGUAACACUAACAAAUCUAACAAGACGAACCAACGUGGAUUUGCUUUAACCGUUAAAACUGACAAUGGUGACGUCCCGGUUUCGGAGGUGGUACUGAGGGAGGACGGCACGUUUGUGGGAGCAAAGACUGAGUCCGAAACCGCCAAAACCGCCGAGCAACACAAGGGGCAGGGCGACGCCCCCAACGGCGUCGAAGCGGCCACAAAUUAAACUAAAAAAAAAAAAAAUCCACGAAAAGAACGAUAUUUUAGUGUCGUGCGUCCACCAAUCCCUUACGCGAAACGAUUUUUUUCCACUGAGACUUUUGUCGAGUGACCGUGACGUGCGGCUAAAUCGGCGCCACCGUUUUUAUUUGAUUUUUUCGUCGGUUUCGCCGCACGAAAAUGUUGACCGUGCCGGUUGCAUUUAGAGUUAGAAAAAAAACAGUGAUCUGAACUAUUGCUAUUGAAAUAGAGGUGAGAGAGAGUAAGUGAGAAAUGUUGUGUUCGAGAAAAGCAUAUAAGUAUAUUUUUCUAUGUUUGUUACUACUGUUAUAUUAUAUUGACUGAGAUGGCACUCAAAGUGUGCACCUGUGAUCCCUAUUUAUGGUAUUUAUAUACAUACGUUAGAUCUGUUGAUUAAUAAGAUACGAUGAAAGAUGAGAGGUGAAUAAAGUCGGAACGAGGCAGAUUUUUGUAUGUUGUGCUUUUGCGCGCGCGAAAAUCGCCCCAAGAGCCUUUUGUUUAUCCUCC